GCUCAGUAGACCCUCGGCGCGCGUGCUGCGUGCGCGUCCGCGAGUGAUGACACAGUGCCAGUGAAGUGCCGUGAACUAUGGUGGCCAUGGUCGCUUCAGCCUCAGGAUACGGCACCCUGCGCCGCUUCUUAAGCGCCCCUGAAGGCCAUGAGAUGACCGCCGUCGUACCCGGCGCCUCCAUCGCCGUCUCGUCGAAGCAGCGCGCAUCGAUCAAAUGGCUGCUGUCGAAGGCGUUCAACAACAGGGUCCCGGAUAACCUGCAGGAGCCCUUUUACAGGGACCAUGAGGACCAGGAACACCUCAAGCCACCUAUAGUUGGGGGUCUCGCCAACGCCGAGAUCUACUGUCUGGCGUUAGCGAACAUGUACUCAGACCCCAACUAUCACAGCCUCAACCACUGGAACAUAUUACAGACCCUAGCGCGGAAAGGCGUACACGUGCCAGAUCCGCCUGACUGCGCGCUUACGGAGACAGUGCUGCUUCAGAACAAUCCGCUCAAAAUGACUGCACACAUGUCGGUGAUAGAAGCUUUAAUGGUGCUGUACGCACGAGAGGUAGUCACGUUAGACAGGGUGUCGGCGGCAGCACAAAGAUUCGGCACGAGUCAACCCAUAAACAACUCCAAUGUGCCGCACGAAGACGGGCUCCUUUGCUGGAUCAACGCGGCCUGCGCGGCGCUCAACAAGGCUGAGGAAGAUCAGUCAUCACAAGUCCCCAUGGUGAAGAACCUGCAAGAGCUCUGCGACGGCACGGCGCUCGCGGCUCUCAUCUCCUUCUACUGUCCCGACGCGCUGCCCCGCUCCGCCGUGCGCGUCGGCCGCAUGGCCUCCAUACAGGACUGCCUACACAACCUCAUGCUGGUCUACGACUUCUGCCAGACGUGUCUGCCGCACAACGUGUUCCACAUGCUGCCCGAGGACGUGACGUAUAUGCGGGGAUCAAUGCGACAAAACUUAAUAGCAAUGCUAGCCGAUCUCUUCAACAUGCUAGAAGUGCACCCAGUCAAAUCCGUCAAGUACCCCGGCGUCGCGCGCUCGGACAGCAACGAGCACGGCGUGCGCCACAAGCGCUGCCUGCCGCCGCCGCCGCCGGCGCCCAUCCCCGACCUGCGCGCCGACCAGCCGGCGUCGGCGCAGGCGCUGGCGCCCUUCACAGUGCCGCGAUCUCCGUCCGCUUGCGGCAUGCGUCCGCGCGUGCCCACGGGGCGCUCUGCGUGCUCGACGCCGGAGCGGCGGAGCUGCAGUCCGCAGAGAGAGGAGUUCGUGGUGCAUCGAGGGAGGGGGAUCACCACGCUAUCGUCCAUCGCGAGGAGAGAAGAUGACAACGUCGUGGACCCAAAUCAAACCGCCGCCGGCCGUCCGUCCAACUACCAAACCCAAAACUCCUUUGCCGGUCGGCGCUCAAGACGAUCCUCAAUCACAGAUGACAGUCAACUCACCGUCGAAAAUUUUGGAGGGUCGCAAGAUCGAUUGCAUUUUGCUGGGAGGAAUCCAGAGAAAGAGCUAGCGACAGUGGCGAAUGUUCGGAAGAUAUCUGCCCCGGCUGGUCCCCUAGACAGCUACAACCCUCCCCUCCGCUCGUCCCGGCAAGACAUCCGCGGCUCCAUCAACUUCUUCCACGGCGACUUCAACGGGGACUCCGAGCCCGACCGGCCCAUGCGGCGGCAGCUCAGCUCCGACACUGGGGACUCCGAGCCCGACCGGCCCAUGCGGCGGCAGCUCAGCUCCGACACUAUCAACUCCAACAACCACUUCAGCCAUAAAGGCGGUGGUGACGGUUUCUACCUAAACCGAGACUCCACCGACGGCGACAUAACCAAGACCAGCUUCGCGGACCUCAAGUUCAGAAACGGAGAUCAAGUGUGGGGUUCCCCAGGGGCGGGCGCGGAGGAGGCGGCGGCGCGGCGCGCGGGCGCCACGCUGGGCUCGCCGCCGCCCGCCACCACCACGUGGCAGCAGCAGUGCCUGGCGCAGGACGCGCAGCCCAACGGCGACGACCAAUCUGACGACUCGUCACCAAGCGGCGGGCAAGCCAUGGCCGCGCAACUAAACAACAUACGGUUAAAGCUAGAAGAGAAACGGAGACGAAUCGAGCAGGAGAAGCGAAGAAUGGAGGUCGCUGUCAGUCGGCAGAGGCAACAGUUAGGGCAGCAGGCGUUUCUUCAGGCUGUUACUAGGGAUACAUAUUUGCAAUACCAGCUGGCCUCUUUGGGUAAGGGCGCGCGCACGCCGGCCGGCGACGAGCGGCCCGAAGAUAAGCCUCAGCAGGAUAUGGAUGCGCCGCAUCAAACAGUGGACAACGUAGCGUUGGAGCAGUACCAACAGUCAAUAGCCAAAAUGAACUCCAGCCUGCAGGACAUACAGAGCGACAUCGCGCGGCUCGCCACGCAGCAGAACCAGAUCCAGCAGCAACAGCAGCAGCAGCAGACGCAGCAGCUGCAACAGCAGCAGCAACAGCUGCAGCAGCAGUUGCAGCAGCAGCUGCAAGCUCAGCAACAGCAGCAACUACAACAGCAGCAAGCCAAACAGCUGUUUCAGCCGCCGCAGCCGCAGUCGCCGUUCCAGCAGUAUCCACCUAACAUUCCACAAUUGCACAGCCAAUUCAGCUCACAGCACAACGUGUCUCGCCCCGCGCUCAACGCCUUCGGCUCCACCCCGCACCUCCCGCGGGACUUCUACCCGCAACCCUUCGACAACUUCGAGUACAACCAGCCCAACCAGUAUAGGGAUAUGGAGGAUUAUGGAAGGUUUUACCUCCAUGAGAGCCCGCCUCAGCCGCAGAGGCGGACGUGGGCGCAACAUGCACAGCAGCAGCAGGAGAAUGAGCUGAGGGGCUGGCAGCUCCACCAGCAGCAGCAGCAGAACCACCAGCAGCAGCAGUACUCGCCGCAGCACACCCCUCCCCCGCGCACGUGGAAGUCCCCCUCCCCCGCGCCGUCGGAGCGCAGCUGGGCGCCGCAGGGCUUCGUGCUGCACGAGCGGCCCGCCCUCGCCGCCUCCGCCGCGCAGCCCUUCCAGGUGCACUACAGCAACGACCGCCACCACAACGGCACCGACCAGAACCACCUCAGCUACACUGUGAUACCCAACCAACACCAAUACUCUCAAUCGCCGCCGCUGACGACCAGUCCGCGCCGAUCGAAAACCCCCCAACGGCAGGGCUCGCUUCCAGAAGUCUCUAGAAGACCCGAGCCUGUCAGCUUGCAGCAGCUUGGAGCUGCCAGUCCGGCGCCCGUCGACGAUAUGGAACCACAGAACAUCUCCUUCAUAGGCAACGCGGAAGACGACGCCCUCAGACAAGGCAUCAACCGCCUCAACAUCACCUCCGGCACCAGAACGUACCGCAUCCCUUCCCCCACUAGACCCUCCUUAAGCCGCAACUCAUUCCAACAAUUAGAACAGGAGGAGGAAACGAACGAGAAAGGCUUCUACAUAUCCUUCGAUAACGAAGCGCCGAAACGACCCAAACCACCGCUACGGGUGAAGCGAAUGUCACCUAAGAAAGAAAGAACAGAAUACCAGAGUCCGGAACGAGGGAGUCCGGAAGCUUGGGAGCCUCAGGAGUUCCCUGUACAUCGGGCGGAGAUUAGGGCUUCGCCGGCGAGAGACGAGCGAACGGAGGUCUCCUCGGACGUCUCCCGCGAGACACCGCGCGAGAGGCCGCUGCGGCCCGGCGCCGAGCCCGCCGCGCUCGUCAUCGGCGAGAUGAACCCGGACCCGAACUCAGCAGAGGAAAUGGAGCGAAAGAAAGAGCGAAUAAUGCUUCUCUCCCUCCAGCGGCGGCAGCGCGCCGACGAGGCCCGCGCGCGCGCGGAGCAGGCCGCGGCCGCGCGCCGCGCGAGGGACGAACAGGUGGCGGAACAGCGUGCGGCGAGGAAAGAGGAGCAAGCGAGACGGCGCGAGGCCAUCCUGCAGCAGUACAAGCUCAAGAAGGCCAUCGAGGAGGCCGAGCGAGAGGGCAAGGUCCUGGACAAGUCGGAGUUCAUGGACCUGGCGCGGCCGGCGGCGGCCCCGCCCACGCGCCUGCGCGGCAAGCAGCCGCCGCGCGCGCGCCCCAAGACCAUACACGUGGACAGCGGCGCCCUGCAGCAGGCCGAGGGCAUGCUCGGCAGCAAGCAGCCCUCCUCCACCAACCUCACCGGUGACUAUCUGUGUGCACCAGGCACCAUGCGGCGCGACUACUACCGCGGCUCGCAGGACAGCCUGGCGGAGCGGGCCGGCCUCUACAGAGACUCGCCCGUGGAGGAGCGCGGCGGCGGCGGCGUGUCGCCCGCCAGCGCGGCCAGCGGCCCGCUCGGCCGCCGCGGCAGCUGCAAGACCUCCCGAGAGCGCGUGAAUGAGGAACCACAGUCGGCCCGUGGAAGGUCUAAAUAUUCCACUUACCAGAAUAACUUUAAGGCGGGACGGAAGUCUAGCUCUCUAAUGAACUUGUGCGACUCGGGGCUCGGGCGCGCCACGCCGCCGCGCCGCGCCGCGUCGCCCGGGCUGCGCGCGCUGGCGUCGCCCGCCUCGGGCCCCGGCUCGCUGCCCGGCGCCAUCGGCAAGCGCCGCCAGCACCCCGACGACGCCUCCGACGUCUCCUCCACGCACUCCUCCAUCAUGGACUACUCCGGCCCCCGGCUGUACAAGCAGCCGGCGACCAAGUCGAACCGCGGCAUCAUGCUGAACGCCGUGGAGUACUGCGUGUUCCCCGGCGCCGUGAACGCCGAGGCCAAGCGGCGCGUGCUCGAGGAGAUCGCGCGCUCCGAGGCCAAGCACUUCCUCGUCUUGUUCCGGGACGCCGGCUGCCAGUUCCGGGCGCUCUACUCCUACUGCCCGGACACGGAGCACGUCACGAAGCUGUACGGCACGGGACCGAAGAAUGUUAAUGAUAGGAUGUUUGAUAAGUUCUUCAAAUACAAUUCGGGCAGCAAGUGCUUCUCGCAAGUGCACACGAAGCACCUGACGGUGACGAUCGACGCGUUCACGAUACACAACUCGCUGUGGCAGGGCAAGAAGGUGCAGCUGCCCAGCAAGAAGGACAUGGCGCUCGUCAUCUAGGCGCUCUAGUCGAGCCGGCGGACUGACUGUUACUAUUGUAUCUGUGGAAGUGAAAAGUGGCUUUUAUGCUUGUAACUAAGUGUUUGGAAUAAUGGCACAAAACGUCGCGAUACGACAAAUCGUCAGGUGAAAAAAGUUGCCUAAUUGCAAAAAAAAACUAAAAUCAACCUUGUUUUGGUACAGUCACGUCUGAAAACAUCGACACGAUCGAAGUGCCAAAAAUAUGUAUACAUGACGUUAUGGCCCUUAUAUUAGGGUAGUGUAUACUUAUUUUUGGCACUUUGUAUCGAUAUUUUCAGACGUGACCGUACAGCUUAGGUUCACUGUGGCUUUGAACUUGUGGUCGUAAUCAUGAUUUCUAAUGACAUUAAAUGAUGAAGAUAGGCUUAAUCAACUACUUUUUCCAUGAGACGUUUCAGCUACAGUAGCUUUUUAAGUUUUCUAUGGCACAGCUGAUAUUAUUUUGCUAUUUCUUGUUUGUUAGUCCCGUGGGAAAAGUUGUUCAGGAUGGUCGCUAUGAGCAGUCACUUUUGUCAUUUGGGAUCAUGAUCAGAAUUCACCCAGUAGACUUAUAGUUUAUGUAAAAUCGCCAUCAGAUAUACCGGAGCGGCCAAGGUAUUCAUAAAUAUCUGCACACCUAUUGUCAAGGCGCUACGUGUUCAGAUAUUUUUAAGUACCUCAGCCGCUCCGAUAUAUUUGCUUGUGUAAUGCGCUGCCCUUGACGAUAUCUGCCGGCGUGUGUACGCGGGCUCGGUCGCGCCCGUGAGUACACAUUGGAGGACGAAGCUCGGGUCGGAGUCGGUUAUGUCGAUUGGUUAUUGUCGGUGCGAGCUGGUGGUUGACGUGGUUCAGCGCUUCGUACACCAAAGGAAUUGGAUUUGGAGAGUUGACACUGGGUUUUCUGCAUAUGAAAAUGCGUGUCGAAGGAAGAACGCGAUGAAAAUAUGACGAAAAAAUUAUGUUUAAGAAAAAUCAUGGCAUAUAGAGGUAGUUGCAAAUUCAAGCGAUUACUUUUAUCAAAUUACUUACAGAAUUUAUUUUAUAAAAUGUAAUGGCAUAAAUUAAAACGUCACCUAAUUCUGAAAUUAAUAGUCGAGGUCUCUUGCGAAAAUUUUAUUUUCUUUAAAUCAUUAAAAUUACGACGCUAAAUCCCAUUCCUUUGGCUCCGUAAUCUGCACGAAAGCUGAAUCACGUUGCACUCGAAUUGAAUCGGCCGUCGCGUCUCUGCACACAGGUCAUUAAUAUGUACACAUGUUUUAACUUAUUCCAAUGGAAUAAGACGCACAAUGGUAUACAUAUUUGUGACUGCCGAGUCGCGCCGGCGUCGGUGUUGUGUGACGCAGUGUAUAGACGAGACGUUUGCCAUAUGUAUUAGUGAGAUGGUCGAUAUUGUUCCAAAUUGUCACAAACCCCGCAGCCAAACUGUCGAUUGAGUAGGUACGAAAUUAAACUGUCCCUUAUCUAGAAUAACAAAUUCACAAACUAAUAUCGCUUAUUUGUUAUAAUAUUGUAACUCGUUAGUAAUUAUUUCAAUUUGACUGGAUUAAGAUUAGAUCAUUAUGUAUUUGUUUAGUGAGGUUCGUUCGAUUCCCAUUUUUACCGCUUGUAUAGCUAAAGUAAGAGGCGCUUACGGCGUAACGUACUGCCUUACCCUGUAAAUAAUUGUUUUGUAUACAGCUAUUUAUUAAAAGAAUGUUAAACGAAAUUGAUGAAUAUCAUUCUUUCAUUGUUUAAUGAUUGGUCAUCAAUAAAUAUACUACCGAUAGUAUAUUAUGGUAUGCAAAUAUAUUGUAUUAAUACAAAAACAUAACGAAUAAUAUUGAAUUUCAUAUUA